UGGAAGGAAGAGUUUAAUUUAAAUGGUUGACAUUAAAAUACAGAGUUUGGUCUUGGUCAAUGUUCUGUCUAAUAUAUGAUAUGCUGUUAUUGUACCGUUCUUACCGAUUGAGUUGGAUAAGUAUGACCUGCCAGUGGAAGUAUUUGGGUAUAUAUUUGGGGUUUAUGCACUUGCGAUAAUGCUUGGGUCGCUUUUUAUUGGAAAGUUACUCGCAACUUUUGGGCGAAAGAAAAUACUUAUAGCAGGAAUUUUCUCAAUGGGGCUUUGUAUGCUUGGAUUCUCUUUGAUAGAUUUUAUCCAUGACAAAGUAAUGCUGGUAACUGCAUGCUUAAUAAUGAGAUGCUUGCAAGGAAUGUCAUCAAGUAUGAUUCAGACUACAUCAUAUGCGAUCGUAACAGUUUGAUAUCCGGAGCAGAAAAAGAAAUAUUUAGGAAUCAUGGAAACAGCAAUUGGAAUAGGAUUGUGAACUGGACCAAUGAUAGGAUCUCUGCUUUAUUCAUUUCUAGGAUUUAAACCGACCUUCUACAUCAUUGGGUUUGCUUUUGAAGUGCUUGGUCCUAUCCUUUUCUUUGUCAUACCAAGCGCAAUAGAUACUAAAGAUACUCCUCAUCUUGACUGUAGUAAGAAUUCAUCUGGGGUAUCAUCAAAACUAAAGCCUGUAAGCUAUAUUUCAUUGUUAACAAACCCGAAAUAUCUGAUAAACUCGGUCGUGCCUUUUUUGGCAUACUUUAAUUUGGUUUAUCUUGAGCCAGUUCUUGCUCUCAGAGUGCUAAGUUUUGGAGUAGCUCCUUAUUUUACAGGAAUACUUGUAUCUGUCUGAUUUGUGGGGUAUACAAUUGCAAGUAUUUGAAUGACUAAUCCCCAUCUUCAGAAUUAUGAUAGUAAGAAACUUAUCCAAAUUGGGUUAUUGCUAUGCGGAAUAUCUCAUCUGUUUAUGGGACCUGCAGUUUUCUUACCUAAUAAGCUUUGGAUUAUUGGAAUCGGUCAAUAUUUUGUGGGAACGUUCUCAGUUCUCCUUUUGAUCCCAAGCUUGCCUGAAAUGAUUCACAUAGCUAAUCAAUUAUAUCCUCAUCAAAAACUUGAGUCUUCCGACCUUUCUUCAGGAGUGUUUAACUCAAUGCUUGGAUUGGCACAGAUGAUUGGUCCCCUUUUUGGAAGCUAUAUGACAAGCAUUUUUGGCUUCAGAACUUGUGGGACUUCAGCAUCUGUGAUACUUCUAAGUUUUGCUAUCGUCUAUUUCCUAAUAGAAUUCAGAAAGGCUCCUGUAAAACCCCAAGAGGUUUUGUUAGAGUUUAGUGAUCAAAAAUUAAUGGAUGAUGAUCAGAAAUCAUUUGAAAAUCAAGGCUAAAUAAGAGUUCAUAAAGAGAUAGGAAAUAACUCUCCUUCCCAUUUC